AUGCCCGUCGUCAAGGGAGGAGUCUGGACGAAUAUCGAGGAUGAGAUUGUCAAGGUCGCCGUCUCCAAGUACGGCCUGAAUCAGUGGGCGCGCGUCUCCUCCCUGCUCGCCCGCAAAACACCGAAGCAAUGCAAGGCCCGCUGGAGCGAAUGGCUGGACCCCAGCAUCCGGAAGAUCGAAUGGUCGAAGGAGGAGGAUGAAAAGCUGUUGCACCUCGCCAAGCUGAUGCCCACGCAAUGGCGUACUAUUGCGCCCAUCGUCGGUCGGACCGCCACUCAGUGUCUGGAGCGCUACCAGAAGCUUCUUGACGAGGCUGAGGCGAAGGAGAACGAUGAGCUCGCCCUGGGUGGGCCCGAGGGAGGAGAGACGGCCGCACCCAGUGCAGACGACGUCAGGAGAUUAAGGCCUGGCGAACUCGAUCCUGACCCGGAGUCCAAGCCCGCGCGCCCUGAUACCAUCGACCUCGACGAAGAUGAGAAGGAGAUGCUCAGCGAGGCGCGUGCACGCCUUGCAAACACGCAGGGUAAAAAGGCAAAGCGCAAGGCCCGUGAACGGCAGCUCGAGGAAUCGCGCCGCUUGGCUGUGUUGCAGAAGCGUCGCGAGCUCAAGAAUGCCGGCAUCAACAUCAAGGUUACCACGGUCAAGAAGGGACAGAUGGACUACAAUGCCGACAUUCCGUUCGAGAAGGCCCCGGCACCGGGCUUUUAUGAUACUAGGGAAGAAGAGGACCGUAACGAGCGGCAAAGGGAAGCUUUCGAUCCCAGGAAACAGCAGCUGGCCAACAAACGGAAAGCAGACCAGGCAGAUGAGGGCGAGGAUAGGAAGAAGAGGAAGAACGAUAAGGGAGGCGCAGCAGCAAUUUCUGCAGCUGCGCAGAAGGCGGCACAAAUGCAGAAGAUUAGGGAGGCGGAGCAAAGCAGUAAGCGGAGAGGCCUUGUUCUGCCAGCACCGCAAGUCAGCGAGGGCGAGCUGGAGGAGAUUGUGAAGAUGGGCAUGGUGGGAGAAAGGGCCAGCCAACUUGCGGGCAGCAGCGACAACGAGGCCACGCGCGGUUUGAUCAGCAACUACUCGAACAUGGUCGGAAGCACUCCGAUUCGCACCCCGAGAGCGCCUCAAGAGGAGGAUCAUAUCGCGAACGAGAUCCGAAACGCGCGGGCCAGAACGGAGACUCAAUCAGCACUUCUGGGAGGAGAAAAUACCCCUAUGUAUGAGGAAGGGACGACGGGUUUUGGAGGUGCUGCUCCGAGCAAGCAAGCUGUGGCUACACCAAACCCCAUGGCUACGCCUUUCCGCCAAGGAGGUGUCGGAGCAACGCCUAUGCGCCAAGGACCUGGAGCAACCCCCAUGCGUACCCCAAGAGAUAACUUCAGUCUGAACCGCGAAAACGGCAUGCAGCUGGUGGGACAGACCCCGCGCGAUAUCAGGUUGCGUGAGAAAGCAAUGCGGGGCGACAUCAAGAGCAAAUUUGCAGCAUUGCCAAAGCCGAAAGAGACCGAGUGGGAGCUUGAGUUGCCUGAAGAGCAGCAGGAGAUAAUCAAUGCCGAAACAUCCGAGGAGGACGCUGCGAUCAGAGACCAGAGGAAUAAGGAAAUUCGGGAGGCCAGAGAACGGAUUGAGUUUGCUAGGCAGACGCAAGCUUACCAAAAGGCUCUGCCGCGUCCUACGAUUGUGGAGGUGAACGCGAUGCUAGAGAAGGCAUUGGCAGCUACAGAUCCGGCUGAGAAGGCUGUGCUGGAGGAGAUGACCAUUCUCAUUGCAAACGAUGCGAAGAGGUUCGGCAAGGCUAAGGUCAGCGGCGCAGUGAAGCCUGUCGAGUCUUUUGAGGAUGAUGCAUUGCAGCGUGCGCGGAUGGAGAUCGCUCUGGAGCUUUCCUCAGACGAGAGCAAGAAGGAUACCGAGGAGUUUGAGAGGGCGUGGGAGCAGCUGCAUGGAUCUUCGAUCCUUCCCGGUCUCGCUGGCUACGGCGAGGAUGAGAUCGACGAGCAGCAGCUCAUGACCGAAGCUUUCGAUAACAUCCAAGAGAAAAUCAUGGCCACCGCCCAGCAGGGUAACAAGAUCGAGAAGAAGCUUGGCCUGCACCUUGGCGGGUACCAGCAGCGCGCAAAGACGUUGCGACAGAAAAUCGUCGAUGCGGCGGAAGCUUACGACAAGACGAGGAUGGACCUGGACAGCUUCCGCACGCUGCAGAUUUCGGAAGAAGCAGCAAUUCCGCGCAGACUGGAUGCUCUCAGAGAAGAGGUGGCGUUCGUCAGCCGCAGAGAGAGAGAAGCGCAAGAGGCGUACCGGUCUCUGAAGGAGGAGCUGGAUAUGUUGGAAGAGGGCGUGAACGGAUAUCAUUAG